UUUUCCAUGCGGUGCCUGGUCAGGUGCUGGCUGCGCACAGGCUGGAGCAGCAUCCAGUCCGGCUCUGGACGUCAGCAUGGGGAGGGGGAGGGAGCCCGAGCCGGCUCCGGCGCCGUUGCUGAGGCAGCAGGAGCCUCAGCAGCAUCCCUGAGAGCCAGGCAAGCAAACUCCUCCUCCCUCCCGAUCUCAUCUCGUCUGUCUCCCUGCUUCCUUCGCAAAGAUGGCAACCGAGGGGCUGCGCGAGAACGAGACCUUGGCAUCGCUGAAAAAUGAGGCUGAGACCCUGAAGGGCAAGCUGGAGGAGGAGCGGGCCAAGCUGCAUGACGUGGAGCUUCAUCAGGUGGCAGAGCGUGUGGAGGCGCUGGGCCAGUUUGUGAUGAAGACCAGGAGGACCCUGAAGGGCCAUGGAAAUAAAGUUCUCUGUAUGGACUGGUGCAAAGAUAAGAGAAGAAUUGUGAGCUCUUCCCAGGAUGGGAAGGUGAUCGUAUGGGAUUCCUUCACUACCAACAAGGAACAUGCAGUGACGAUGCCGUGCACCUGGGUGAUGGCGUGUGCGUAUGCCCCCUCUGGAUGUGCCAUUGCCUGUGGUGGCCUGGACAACAAGUGUUCUGUGUACCCUCUGACAUUUGACAAAAAUGAGAAUAUGGCUGCAAAGAAGAAAUCGGUUGCAAUGCACACAAACUACUUGUCUGCCUGCAGCUUCACUAACUCAGACAUGCAGAUCCUGACAGCAAGUGGAGAUGGAACUUGUGCUCUGUGGGAUGUGGAGAGCGGGCAGCUUCUACAGAGUUUCCAUGGUCAUGGAGCUGAUGUCCUGUGCCUGGAUCUGGCCCCUUCUGAAACAGGAAAUACUUUUGUCUCUGGGGGAUGUGAUAAGAAAGCCAUGGUUUGGGAUAUGCGGUCCGGUCAGUGCAUCCAGUCAUUUGAAACCCACGAUUCAGAUAUCAACAGUGUCAGAUACUACCCAAGUGGGGAUGCUUUUGCCUCUGGUUCGGAUGAUGCCACGUGUCGUUUAUAUGACCUUCGUGCAGACAGAGAAGUAGCAAUUUAUUCCAAAGAGAGCAUCAUUUUUGGAGCAUCCAGCGUGGACUUCUCUCUCAGUGGUCGCCUACUGUUUGCAGGCUAUAAUGAUUACACCAUCAAUGUCUGGGAUGUGCUGAAAGGGUCCCGGGUAUCCAUUCUGUUUGGACAUGAAAAUCGUGUUAGCACCUUGCGGGUCUCUCCAGAUGGGACAGCGUUCUGCUCAGGCUCCUGGGACCACACGCUCCGAAUCUGGGCUUAACCUGAGAUCCUGUAUGCAGAAUUGAGUGAAGACUGAAAUCCUGGAAUACAAAAACUGCAUAAAAACACCACUCCUCAAAAUCAAAUACUUGCUAUACCACAAAAGAGUGACAUCAAACCCACAGGCUAACACAGCUAGGUAGAAAAUGUAAUCUGCUUGAUCAUAUAGCAAGCACCAACCUGUAGUAAAAUGCAAUAUUUUUAAUUCUGUUUUGAAACUAUCUUCUUUUAUUAGAACUAGUUUAGAUAAUUAAAAAGGGACUUUUCUCUGAAGUCACCUGUAUCAUAGAAUUGAGUAUUUCAGUGCACAUUAUGUAUUUAUUUGCAUGAAUUUAGUUCCUUUUUAAAGUAAAAAAAAAAAAAAAGAAAAAA